AUGGUGCUUGUACUUUUGUUUUGCUCAAGUCAAGUUGAUCUCUCUUUCUCUCUUGUACUUUACAUUGAAGUAUUAUGUAGUUUUUUUCAUACAUCGCUAUCAGUUUUUUUUUCAUUUUAUUCUUGCUUUGUGCUGUGCGCACCCAAACAUAGAAAACUUUCAAGUACGUUCUUUUAAUAGAUGAAUGAUUAGAAAAGUGCGAUUCUAUCUGCGCGGGAAAGUCUGAUAACUGUUUCCCUUGCUUGUUAAAAUGGCGCAUAGGAAAGCUAAACGUCCAAGGCAUGAUCCUUCUCUUCUUCAAGAUGAGCAACUUAUCCUUAUUUGUGACUGGGGAGGUUGUAGGCAGUUAUACCAAAAUAUGGAACUUUUUUUGUCUCAUGUAGCUGAUCAUGCCGGGCAAGUGGUUGUUGUCACCACAGGUGAAGAAUCAACUAUUACUUGUAUUUGGGAAGACUGUGGAUUUGAAACUUCUGAUGAUAAGGAAAUUCUUCGGCACAUAUACUAUCAUGCUUAUCAUACGAAGAUUAAAUGUUUGGGUGCUAAUCUUAUUGAAAAACUGGCACUACAAGGAUGUCAACUAGAUCCUCAAACCAGGAAUUCGGUGCCAGAGUUAUCAGGAUCCCUCAUCUGCUGCUGGGAUGACUGCAAACUAGAAUUCCUCAAUGUUCAACAGUUCUAUUGGCAUGUCCACACACACUCCAUAACUAAUGAUGAUGGCGAGAGAAAAGAGAAGAAAUGCUUGUGGACAAAUUGUAAGAGCAACUUUUCAAACAAAUUCAAGCUCAGGGAUCACCUAAAAAGUCAUUCACAAGAAAGAUCCUUAGCCUGUCCAACCUGUGGCAGCCUGUUUGCCUCUCGUACCAAACUUCAUGACCAUUGUUUGAGGCAACUUCCUUUAGAUGCCAAUGAAUUCCGCUGUUCCGAAUGCAACAAACUAUUACCUACCGAACGUUUGUUGCGAGAGCACGUUCGAUAUCACCGUCUAGUCUACACAUGCUCUCACUGCCCAAUUGAUGAAGAGGGAAAAGGUCGGAGCUUCCCCAACACCCACUCUUUAGCAACGCAUAUAUCAUAUUGUCACAGUGAUUCUCGACCAUUUUCCUGUCCCGAAGACGAUUGCAAUUACAGUGCGAAAUCGCAAACAGAUUUGAGCAAACAUCUUGAAGUUCACGCAAAUACGCUGUGGUACUGUUGCGAAGUGAGUGGGUGCGAGUUCACUGCUCGUAAUUCGGCGACACUUCAGAAACAUGUGCGCAAAAUACACGAAGGAAAUGUGGAUCCAUUGUACGAGUGUCACGUCUGUCAAGUUCGUUUUCAGGCAUCUAACUCACUCAAAAAUCAUUUGGGAAACGCUCACCAAAUCUUUCCCCUCGCUGGCAACUGUCGUUUCAAGUACAAACAAGGACCGGAUGGUCGUUUCCGAGCGGAGAACGGCGGCGGACCCCUUCAACCUCGAAAUAGUUCCUAAAAUGUCUUUCUAUAUUUGUUCCCUUAUUUUCGCAAAGGCUGUUCCAAACGGGUUGUUAGUUGACUCUCACUUUGCGUAAUAAUCUAGACGUUUAAUUACAUGUAUUUGUUCGAUUUUACUUUCUCAUAUAAAUGAAAUAAUGAAAUACAAAGUUACACACA